CUAGGAGGCGGACUUGCUAUUGUAACGGUAGGCUCUUGUGCUCGUGGACGGCACGUAACGUCAGGGCGGAUUGCAGAUAGCUACAUUGUAACUAUCAACUUAUUGUUGUCUUGUUAACGGCGGUGAUUCUGUAGACGGGUCGAAGUGUACGUCUAGGGCCACAAAGUGCCCACGCGUGACGUGAUCUGGGCUAGUCAGCCAGGCAGUGGAUGGAAAACAGCGAAACAAACACCAACAGGCCAGAUAACUUGGGGAAGGUAGAACAUCACCAAAGGGCAUCUGGACAUAAGAAUGGAUAACCAGCAUCAGGGCUUCACGGUCUGGGGGAGCGGGGAUGACCCCCGGGGGGAUCCCAACUAUAAAGGAGUUAGGAGGAAAACAGCUGAAGAAGAGAACCGGAACAAGCCCAAACUGAAUAUUCAGAUAAAAACUUUGGCCGAUGAUGUGCGUGACAGAUUGACAAGUUUUCGGAAAUCGACUGUGAAAAAGGAGAAGCCUGUCAUCCAGCACCCUACAGAUUCCGGUGCCCCUUUGAGCGAAAUGCCUGUGCCACAGCCUUUGUAUGAGGAAUGCUCACUGAAUCUUUCAGAAAAGGAGAUCAUCGACCUUUUUGAAAAGAUGAUGGAAGACAUGAAUCUGAAUGAGGAGCGUAAAACUCCCCUGCGGCAGAAGGACUUGCUGACUAAACGUGAAAUGGUUGUCCAGUACAUUUCUGCAACUGCCAAAUCUGGAGGGCUCAAAAACAGCAAACAUGAAUUCACACUUUCUUCGCAAGAGUAUGUUCAUGAACUGCGGUCUGGCAUCAUGGACGAUAAACUUCUAAACUGCCUGGAAUCUUUAAGAGUAUCUUUAACAAGCAACCCUGUUAGCUGGGUUAAUAACUUUGGACAUGAAGGCCUUGGACUCCUACUUGACAUCCUUGAAAAGUUACUAGACAAAAAACAGCAAGAGAUUGAUAAACGGAAUCAGCAUAAAUUGAUCCAGUGCCUUAAAGCCUUUAUGAAUAAUAAGUAUGGACUACAAAGAAUUCUGGGAGAUGAACGGGGCCUUUUCUUGCUAGCAAGAGCUAUUGAUCCCAAACAAGUCAAUAUGAUGACAGAUAUCGUAAGAUUGCUUUCUGUUAUUUGCAUCGUUGGAGAGGAAAACACUGUUGACAAAAUUUUAGGUGCCGUCACAACUGCAGCAGAACAAUAUAAUCGAGAACGGUUUGCGCCAAUUGUUGAAGGAUUGUACAGUCAUGAAGCACCACAGUUACAGUCUGCGUGUAUGCAGUUUAUCAAUGCCCUACUCACAUCUGUGGAUGAAGAUCUCGAUUUCAGGAUACACCUAAGGAAUGAAUUUCUUCGUUGUGGAUUAAGAAAAAUCUUACCUGAACUGAAAGAGAAAGCGAAUGAAGAACUUGACAUCCAGUUGAAAGUAUUUGAUGAAAACAAGGAUGAAGAUUUAACUGAAUUACGGCAUCGUUUCAAAGAUAUUCAAGUAGAAAUGGACGAUAUAAAUGAAGUGUACCACCUGCUUUAUAACAUGGUAAAAGAUACAAAAGCGGAGCAUUUUUUCCUCUCCAUUUUGCAACACCUGCUGCUUAUCCGGAGUGAUUAUUACAUACGGCCACAGUAUUACAAAAUAAUUGAAGAAUGUACCUCCCAGAUAGUUUUGCACACCAGUGGUAUGGACCCAGAUUUUAAAUAUCGAGGAAGAUUGGAUAUUGAUUUCUCACAUCUAGUCGAUAUGUGUGUCAACAAAGAAAAAGUUGAAGAAAGCGAGCAAAAAGCAGCUGAAUAUUCUAAAAAGUUUGAUGAAGAGUUCAAUGCCCGACAAGAUGCUCAAGCAAAGCUUCAGAAACAAGAGGAGAAAAUCAAAGACCUAGAAACACAAAUUCAGCAGUUGCAAGUCCAGAACAGUCAGCUUGCAUCUGGUGUUGCAGCUUCCAAAAUUCCAGCUCCUCCUACCCUGGGACCACCUGGAUGUGGACCUGCACCACCACCGCCACCACCACCACCAGCCAUGGGAAUACCUCCUCCACCCCCUCCGCCUCCUCCACCCUUCGGUGGGCCUGUUCCUCCCCCACCGCCAUUUGGAGGUCUUCCCCCACCUCCACCACCCUUUGGAGGUCCACUUGCAGUAGCAGCUCCUCCACCACUGCCUUUUGGGAUGCAGCCAAAGAAAGUGUACAAGCCAGAGGUCACCAUGAAGAGAGCGAACUGGUCAAAGAUCGGACCUAUGGAAAUAUCACCAAAUUGUUUCUGGGUCAAAGUCAAAGAAGAUAAAUUUGAAAGCCAAGAUCUCUUUAAAAAGCUGGCCAUGCACUUUGCUUCUCACAUGAGAGUUAAAAGGGAAGAUGAAGAGACAGAAGAAAAGAAGCCAACCCAGCCAAAGAAGAAAGUAAAAGAAUUGAAAAUAUUAGAUUCAAAGACAGCUCAGAAUUUGUCAAUAUUUCUUGGAUCCUUUCGGAUGGCCUAUGAAGAAAUUAAAAACAUCAUUUUGGAAGUGGAUGAAGAGAAGCUGAGUGAAUCUCUGAUUCAGAACUUGGUGAAGAACAUUCCGGAACAGAAAGAACUCAGUGCUUUAGCUGAUCUGAAGAAUGAAUACGAUGAUCUUUGUGAGCCAGAGCAGUUUGGAGUUGUGAUGAGUUCUGUCAGAUUGCUACGGCCUCGCUUGAAUGGAAUCCUGUUCAAGUUAACAUUUGAGGAGGUGGUGAAUAACAUCCGGCCAGACAUCAUGGCUGUCACCUUAGCCUGUGAAGAGGUGAAGAAAAGUGAUAACUUCAGUAAGCUACUGGAACUGGUUCUACUUGUGGGAAACUACAUGAAUGCAGGUUCAAGGAAUGCACAAUCUCUGGGCUUCAACAUCAGCUUUCUCUGCAAACUUCGGGACUCAAAGUCAAAUGACCAGAAAACAACUUUACUGCAUUUCCUGGCAGAGUUAUGUGAAGAGAGGUACCCUGACAUCUUAAAAUUCACAGAUGAGCUUGCUCAUGUCGAAAGUGCAAGUAAAGUUUCUGCUCAGAAUCUUAAAGCCAACCUUGAUGCAAUGGAGAAGCAAGUACACCGUCUUGAAAAUGACCUCAAGAACUUUACAAAAGAAGAGGACGUACAUGAUAAGUUUGCAAAUAAGAUGUCUGGUUUUGCCACGUAUGCAAGAAAACAGUAUGAGAUGUUGGCCAACAUGCACAGCAACAUGGGCAAGCUGUACGAAAACCUUGGCGAGUACUUUGUGUUUGAGCCUAAAAAUGUCAGCAUUGAAGACUUUUUUGGAGAUCUGAGUAACUUCAGGACCUUGUUCUUGGAGGCCGUGAAAGAAAACAACAAGAAACGUGAGAUGGAAGAAAAAACAAAACGAGCCAAGAUUGCAAAGGAGAAGGCUGAACGAGAAAAACUGGAACGGCAGCAGAAGAAGAAACAGCUUAUCGAUAUGAACAAAGAUGGAGAUGAGACAGGAGUGAUGGAUAAUCUUAUAGGACUUUUACAAUCAGGUGCUGCAUUUAGGGAUCGCAAGAAACAAAAACCAAAGAUUCCCGGUGACCAGAGCCCAGAUAGCCAAACGCUAGAAUGGCCUGUUCCUACUUUGGAUAACAGACGAGCUCCUUUGGAGAGGUCACGCUCUCGUCACAAUGGAAAUGCUUCAGUUGUAUGAUCCCUCAGUGCCAAAGACCAAGCCUGCUUGGAGGUGGUUGAUUUUGUUGAAAACAGACUUUCAAAAACCAUUAUAUAUGUAAUACGGCAAAAAGAAAAAGAGGGCAUAUUGGCGGGGGAGUGUGGAUUCAGGCUCUUGAUGAAAUACACUGCAAAAGGGGAGAACUGAAGGUUAAAGAGACUAAUAUCUUUCUGGCCAUGUAAAUGUGUCUGCAGUAGAAGAGGAAGAAGAAAGGAGGUUAAAUUCACUUCAUGAAGACCAUCAGCACGGUACAGAAGAAGGAAGGAGGGUUUCUGUACACAUGGAAUUACUAUUACCUGUUAUAUUUUGCAAACGUUGAAGUAGUUUCACCUUUUAAAGGCACUUACAAGGGAUUUCCUGCAGAACAAACUAACGAGAUCUUAUUGGGUCUGAUUCUUAUCAAAUGCCUUCGUUUUAACAUUUAAUCCCUAUAUAGCUAGAGAAAUGUAAAUCUGAUGAGGAAACAAAAUGGACUAGCAAUGACUUCCUGGUAACUCUGUUCCUGGGAUAAAAUGACGGUGUCUAGGUUGGCUGAACAAACGUUGAGUUCACAUGUGAUGCUGUUUCAUCAGUGUUUGUCUAAUUACUGCCUGACCUUUUAGAAACCUGGCUACCUCUGUGCAUGGGUGGUAGCUGCACUAUAUCCUUGUAUGUCCCCUAGAUGAUAGCAGCAUUAGAGCUGUCAUUCUUGGAUAAAGAAAAACUAAAAGCAUACAACAACAUAGUUUGGUCCCCAAAUGUCUACUAAAUGAAAUAAAACAUUUUUCACUUUAUUUAAAGGGCAGAGUUAUAUAUAGCAUACAGUAUUUUUACCCAAUUUAUUCUUAUUUCAUUUUUUAAUACUUUUUGCUGAAGAGUGAAGACUAGUUUUUGAACUAGCUGUAGAAUUCCCAAGGAGCAGCUAAUAUUUCAAAAAGUAUAUUACUAUUUAGCUGUUGAUUUUAACAAAAUUUAAAGAAGACACUGCUUAGACAUUUUUUUAAAUUUUAUUUGCCAAAAGAUGACCAACCUUCUUUUUACUGUUUUGUAAUACUGUAUUUAAGGAACAAACUUCCUUACAUCAUUACUUCAUCUUAAUGGGAAAUUUCAGAUAAAGUAAUAUAUUUUAAUAUUACCAUAGUAACUAUAAUUCAGCAGAAGAAGAUUAGUAUACAUCUUUCUCUGUUGGAAUUAUCGACUUUUCCAUAAUGCAGUCUACUUUUGACUGGAAUAGUCAUUUUUUGCAUCAUUUAACUGUGUAGACAUUGGUAUGUAAUAACCUGUUCAACAUAAAUGAAUAUGCUAUGACUUCCUGAAAAAGUCUAAGGGCUUUUGUAAGUUGUACAGUACAAAUAUUCAGACUUUUCGGUUAAUGUAAGCCCUUCAUUACAAGCUGUUGAUGAAGGGCUUGAAUUAGUCUAUACGUCUUAUUGGUUCAAGAAAAGGUAUCACACCUCUUCUGUGUUCCCAUGUUAAGAUGUAGUUCUCAUAGUUUUUAGUGUAACUGUUUUUCUGUUUCAUCAGAUAAAUAUGCAGGAUAGAAACUCUGUCCUUCAUUAUAUUGUUAAACAAAUUCUAAUAUUUGAUACUAUAUAGAUGCCUUACAACAUUUCUAAGCUGAUGUUGCAAGUUUUGCUCAUAAUCUUUCCUUAUCUGACACUGGCAGAAGGAAUAGAACAGUCUUGCUUCUGUCUGCUGAAGUACACUGUAUUUGGAAGUGGUUCCAAUCUCAGCAUAUCAUAAUGACAAGGUGGCCUGUCAGAAUUUAUCAGAUGAACCUGCAUUUUUACACACAAGAUAUAAAGUAGAAAUCUUCAGUAACUGUUCAACCUUAUGACUAAAUUUAUUUAAGUUCCAUAGUAUCUUAGACCUGAUAGUUGCUGCAUUAAUGUUUAUGUACAAAAAAAAGGAAGUAACAUCUGUUCAAGCUGAAGCUUUCAUUCCUAUCAUAGAAUUCUUGGUGGAGCUUGGAGGUGUUGUGUAAGUGCUGCCUUCAAGGUGGGGGUGUUUGUUCUGCUGGUUGCAUCAUCUGCAGAAGCAACCUUCCCAUUCUUGAAUGGGUAAUGACUCUCUCUACACUGCUCAGUUCUUGCCUUUACGAGGAAUGAAUUGGAUGCUUCUGGAAUGGGUUGAAAAAGAUCAUACCAUCAAUGAUCUGAAGCACUGAAAUAAUUUCACCCCCAGAAAAGUAAGCAAAAAACAAAAUUUAAGUGUGUUUGCAGGAGGCAAGCCUUCCUCCACCUGUGAUGUGGGGGGUAACCUCCUACCCCCAAACUUACAAAAAUCUAUUCUGUAGUCACACUAAAACAAAGAAAGGGGAACUUACUCCAAAAAUGGAUUCAUUACUGCCAAAACUU